AUGGUUAUAUUAGUUCUUCGUCAACCGUCAACGACCUACUUCUUUACCUCUGUCUCCUCCGCUUUCCAAGAGCUCUCUGUCUCUCCUUCUUGCUCCCUCGUUGAUUUCCUUACUUUUUUUUUCACUCCGAGUACUGGUUUCUUUCUAUAUCAUGAGUGGAUUGAUGAGAAUUCAUUAACAGCUGCCAAGUCUGGUACUGGCAUGGCUAUUGCUGUGAAAAGGCUUAACAAAGAAGGUCUCCAUGGUCAGAAGGAAUGGAUGGCAGAGGUUAACGCCAUUGGAAAGCUGCAUCACCCAAAUCUUGUGAGGUUGAUAGGUUACUGCUUACAGGAUAGCUGCCGGUUUCUGGCGUAUGAAUUUAUGCCUUGUGGCAGCUUGGAUAAUCAUCUAUUUAGAAGGACUUUAAUUCUUUUGGAACAGGGUAUUUUCAGUCUCAACCGCUCCCCUGGAGUCUUCGCAUCAGAUUGCCCUGGGUGCAGCUAUGGGUCUAGCAAAAAAAAGAAAGAAACACCGGUUAUAGCCGCGCGGCUAUACUAA